AAACGAUGCUCUGGCACCGUAUGAAUGGAUGUGCAAUCAUGAGGCGUAAAUUAUGUCUUGUCCGCUCUCACGAAGCCGACACGACCGCAGAGGAACCCUUUUCAUGCAAGGGCGUAUUCGUUCAUCCUCAGCUGGAAGUUGUCCUUGAUAAGCACUGCAGUGGCAGCAGAGAGUAUCCUACGUAGUUCUGUCGAGAAGUUGAAGACCGCAACUUGAAGCGCGACUCCACCGCCGCUGCCUGCGACUCGGAUAUUGAGCGGACCGUCUUGGUUGUUCCCUUCAAGUCGACCGCGCCUCCACCACAACAGAUCCUGGUCGAUCCUUCAACCACUGCCAGUGACUGCACCCGCCCUUCACCUUCACGGCAGACUGCUCCUCGCUCGAGUUCUACGUGAACAGCAAGCAACAUUCGAACGUCAAAUCUUCCUUCACCUCCUUGCGUCGCCCGCUGUCCACCGGCAAGACAAGACCAAACAAUUUCAAUCCACCCAAGGGCGUGAGGAUUCCCCCUUGUCCGACAGCACGGACCCGGCUCAGUCUCAGCCAAGUUUGUUUCACGAAUUCCCCGACUUCAGGUCUAUCGGCCUGGUUGCUCAAGGAGAGAAAAACAUCUUCUGCUUCGUCCAUGACUGCGCAAGUCUCGCGAGCAGCAGAAACAGUACUUGGAGGAACACAAUGAGAGCCGGGAGUGAAAACAAGAGCAGGCCCAGUUGCCUUCUUGCCUUUAUCGUGAAAUUGUCCCGGCGACCUCAUCCGGUCGCGUUCGAAGUUGGGUGAUUCACUCAGAGAUUUGCACCCCAACCGCGAGCAACCUAGCGACUCCCGCGAGUUAGACGUCUAUCUCAAUUGAGAAUCAUGCUCAUCGUGCCUCGGCGGCAGACCAACGCGAUGGAUCCUCCUCAAGACCGCAACAACUAUUUCCGUCGACCCAUAGAUACAGCCAGUCGCCAGUAUGCGAUCCCCUCGGCGCCCCCUAUGCCCGGCCAUGAGCGCCGGCAAUCUGGAGGCCUCAGCUAUGCUGAACACGAGAUGGUGAGGCAACGGAAAACACCACACGGCCGAUUCUUUGAGCAGGACACGGCUGCAAUCGACAAGGGUGUGCAGUUUCCUGCCUUCAAACAUGUCCUCCUCUCCUUAUCUCCUGAAUACCGGCGAACCUCGUCACUACCUCAGCAGUGGCCUGCACCCAUCCAGUCACAAUCAUAUAACCCUAACAUGCCUGCUUCGGACUUUGCAAGAGAUGGGCCGUAUAGUCAACAGUCGGAGUCCUAUGGAGCCUCCACUCCGUUCACCUACGCACCGGCAUGGGACUUUCCAGGCGGCCUUGAUUCUAUGCUCAAUCAGACCCUACCACUCCAAACAACGCAAAGAUACUAUGUCCAACACGGUACCAAUGUGCCUACAGUCCUUCCCACUGCUUUCCAUUCUCAAUUCGGUCCUACUGCCUCGGCGGGACAAGAAUUGUACGGACCGUACUGGCCAGACGGCACUUACAGUCCAUACCGUCCAGCAUCUAUCCGAGACAGUCGAGUAUUUCCGCGAGCGCCUGCUGAACGAUUUCCUCUGGACCAUCAUGUCUUAGAUCACCAUUUACUGAGGAAGGCUGGACGGUUCCCCGAGGGACAUGGCCAUGCUUAUGUCCAAAAUCGUCCAGAACAGUUCUUGACCGCACCCACCAAUUAUGUUCAGUCCCCAUCCUCGAAGUACAAUCAUACCCCGAAUGCCUAUCACAACUCACAGCACCCCUACCUUCAACCUUACUCUGGCCCUGCUCAAUCAACGCACAGCCCGUUGUCUAUAGGGAAGCCAGUAUUAACCCCUCUGGUUCCCGGACCCAGAUCAGACCGAAUUGCUUUCAGAGAUAAAGCCUUCGCUUCGGCCAAUGCAAGCUACACAGAGCUCUUGCAAAGCUUGCGGAAUGGCACAAGAGAGCGGCGUAACAGCACACAGGCGCGCUCUGAGACAAGUAAAGUGGCCAAGCCAGCGAUAUUUCCCCAACCACCUGUGAGGUCCGGUUCGCAUUUCCAGGAAGAUCCGAGCACUAAAUUCAGGCCCGCCCAAGAUCGCCCUAAUCUUCUAGGAUUUCGCACUGGUAGUCAGCGGCCGGUCCUUGACAACCCAUCUCGACCGCAGACAGCCAUCUUCAGACCCAACCAAGGUUAUAGCCACCAUGAUACUACAUCGUUUCGAGCACAGCCGGAAGCAAGCCAUACGUCUACUCAACAAUACCGUCCUGAACAAAGAUCGGCCCAAGUACGACAGUUUCGUGAAACAGCAAUACCGACUCCGGAUCUGCGGCCACCUUUUUACGAUCCAGUGGCGGCACUCCAAACAAUGGAACUGCUGUGUCAUGAGGCCGAGACACCAUGGGUGGACGGAAUGUUGCUAGCAGGUUGUCUUGCAUAUGGUCUUGGCAAGUAUGCCAAAGCCGAGGAGUGGUAUAGAGCAGUUCUGAGGCAGGAUCCUGGUCAUGUCGAAGCAGUCUCCAACCUCGCCGCAACAUGUCAUGCUCUUAAUCGCCGCGAAGACGCGCUCAAGUACUGGUCAGAUGCGGUCAGCUUACGGCCUAGUUACUUCGAGGCAGUUGAGCAUCUGAUUGGGUUGUUGUGCACUACCCACCGUGCAAGGGAGGCCGUCAGUGUGAUUGAAUACGUCGAAAGCGCCUUGCGCAUCCGUGAUGAAGACCUUCAAUCAAUUGGGGGAGAGUUGAGUGAUGCAGAAAGCGACAACAGGAGCCAUACUUCAAGUAUCGCCACCGUGGCUUCGCAUGACAAUAGUCACUACGAGUUCGAGACCGGUCUGAACAGUCAGCACUCACCAAGGGCCGAUGAGUCUCGAGCCCCCGGUUUUGGAUCAAGCGGCUAUGCAAUUUCUGGGGCUGAUAAUGGACGCAUGUUAGCUCUCAUCCAUGCCAAGGGGAAUAUGCUGUACUCUUUAGGGAACAAUCACGCGGCUGCAUCUGCCUUCGAAGACGCCAUCCUCAUCGCCACGGGCCAGAGAAAGCGCGGCAUUCAAGGGCUCAUCAAUGGCAUUCUCCGCGCUUGCCUUGGCAACAUUGAUGACCCAGACUACGUGAGCCUCAAACUCGAAGGGAGAGAUCCAAUACUGCUUGCCCCUGAACACGCCGAAGUCACCGCUAAACUGAUGUUCCCUCCUGAAGGAGGCCUUCCUGGGCUAGAGCACGUUUCUGUCCCCUGUGCCUUCCAGGCUGCGGUUGCCACCACCUCCAACUCUCUUCUUUCACUAGCGAAAAUAUACCAGGAUGGUAUGUGCAAUGCCACUCACAGUGGGAGUUUGAAGUCUCCCUCGACGCGAGAAAUACUUGCUUUGUAUUACCUAUCCCUCUCCCUCCAGCGCAGCCCAUCCACGGCCAACAAUGUUGGUAUCCUGCUUGCAAGUGUCCAGCAAACUGUACAUCCGGCCCACCUUGCCGAACCCAUUUUCGCCAAUUUUGCGUCAAUCCCCGGGGUGACGGGGGGAAGUGGAAUCCAGCUGGCCCUGAUGUACUACAAUUAUGGCCUCAAUCUCGACCCGAAGCACGCCCAUUUGUACACGAACCUUGGCAGUUUGCUCAAGGACAUAGGCCAACUUGGUGCCGCGAUCAAGAUGUACGAGCGGGCGGUGAGUUGUGAUGGCAACUUCGACAUUGCUCUUGCCAAUCUUGCCAAUGCGGUCAAGGAUCAAGGUCGAGUUGCCGACGCCAUUGUAUACUACCGACGAGCUGUGGCCGCAAACCCUGACUUUGCAGAGGCUGUCUGCGGCCUCGCCACUGCGUUGAAUUCGGUUUGCAGUUGGCAUGGUCGCGGGGGAAUAUGUGCGGGUGAUGGACUACGUGAUCGACUCCAUGUGGACGACGAGGGCAUGAAGCACACACCAUCCCGGCCCUACGGAUGGAUCAACCGGGUGGUGGAGAUUGUCGAUAAGCAACUCAAAGACGGCGAGACCUGGGGCUGUGGGACUUUGACCCCUUCAAUAAUUGACUCUCUGGCAGCGCAGUUGACCCUUCACCGACAAUCAUCAACGGACAACCGACGGGUCCAGUCACUGGAACUUGUGCGGCAGGCACUUCGAACUUGGUCCGGACAAAAGUGGGAAGGGUCACGCGUUGUCCGCCUCGUUGAGCGAGCCAUCCGGGAGAUUGGGUGGCACUGGUACCAGGAUCGGUAUAAGCAUCGAAAAGAGUAUUCGGUCCGGAAGUAUUAUCGACCACAGUUGCCGAGCUCAUUGUCAGCUCCUACGGCACCAACUGUACUCCCGUUCCACACUUUCACAGCACCUUUGUCAGCAAAACAGAUCCGUCAGAUAUCACAAAGGAAUGCCCUCCGCAUAUCAGUGUGCGCACUUCGCUCUGCGUGGCUCCCAGCUACCGUGUUUCCACCACCUGCGCCCCCCAAUCCUUGCCUGAAUGUUGGCUACGUUAGUUCCGAUUUUAAUAACCAUCCUCUCGCGCAUUUGAUGCAAUCGGUCUUUGGCCUUCACGACCCGACUCGAGUGAAAGCAAUCUGCUACGCCACUACAGCUUCUGAUGGUUCUGUUCAUCGACAACAAAUCGAACGCGAGGCUCCAGUGUUUUAUGAUGCCUCGUCAUGGAGCGUUGAACAACUGGUGAACCAGAUUGUCCGCGACAAUGUCCACAUCCUGGUCAACCUCAACGGAUAUACCCGGGGAGCACGCAACGAGGUCUUUGCCGCUCGACCAGCUCCGAUACACAUGUCAUUUAUGGGGUUUGCGGGCACUCUAGGAGCCGAGUGGUGCGACUAUGUCUUUGCCGACAUGAUCUCUGUGCCUCCAGACACGCUUUCUCCGUGGCGACGGAACGUAACCAUUGAUGACCGGCUCCGACCCGAUUCACUGGUGGAAGAUGAAGAAGAUUGGAUGUACGCAGAGAACCUUAUCUUCGCCCGAGAUACCUUCUUCUGUGUCGACCACAAACAAAGUGCCCCGGAUGUCGGGAAGGGGGCUCCAAGCUUGCGAGACCCUAUCAGUCGUGAGCUUGCCUGGAAAGAGGAGCAGGAUAAACGAUGGAAGAUGAGAAAGGAACUCUUCCCGACCCUCUCCGAUACCGCUGUGAUCCUGGGCAACUUCAACCAGUUGUACAAGAUUGACCCGGCCACAUUCGACAUGUACCUGCAAAUUUUGAAAAUGGUGCCCAACGCGAUUUUAUGGUUGUUACGGUUCCCUGAUCUGGGAGAGCAGAAACUACUUCAAUAUGCCCGCGAUUGGGCCAGCCCGGAAGUGGCGUCGCGGAUUGUGUUUACAGACGUUGCAGCCAAGGGGACGCAUAUUAUGCGUGCAUCAGUGGUUGAUUUGUUUCUAGACACUCCCGAAUGUAACGCCCACACCACGGCCGCCGAUGUCAUCUGGUCGGGGACUCCGAUCCUCACCUGGGGCAAAUGGAAGUAUAAGAUGUGCAGUCGGAUGGCUGGAAGCAUUGUGGCCAGUGCGCUUCCAGAGGGACGGGAAGGGGACGAGGCGCGCCGGGACUUGCUGGUCAACAGUGAGAAGGAAUACAUUGAUGCCGCGAUUGAGUUGGCUCAAGGCCUAGAAUAUCCGCCUACGGCUGCAUCCUCUCCAGGUUCCCCCUCUGCCGGACAAAAGGUCGGGCAUGGCAAAGGACGACUGGUGGAUCUUCGACGAAUGCUUUGGGAAGGGCGGUGGACCAGUCGGCUCUUCGACACCAAGCGCUGGGUCCGGGAUGUCGAACUGGCCUAUUGGGCGGCAUGGGAGAAGUGGGAAAGGGGAGAAGGAGGCGAUAUCUGGCUACGCAACGCACGCAGGUGAAAGAAGGAAGGGAUAACUCAACAGCAGGGUGAGGUGGUGUCAUAGACUUUGACGAGUUUUCUUUCUUCGGCUCGAACAUCACCGAAAGGAGGUCAGCCUGAUCAGACAGGAGUUGAGGUGAAGCACAGCUCUUUAGUUUUGUUUUUGAAAUUUCUUUUCUACCACGAAAAACAAUACUGGACUGAUUGUCUUGUCUGUCUUGUGCAUGAGAGGAGAGACUGACACUGUGACUCGAGCGAUGAUGAAUUGAAGAUACAUACACGGCACACAGAGAGAGAGAGACACAAACAUUGCUCUGUGAUGCUAUCCAGCGGUACCUACUACCUUAUCUAGGUACUAUACGACUUUAUGAUGAAUGACAAUUAUCUUAUUCUUGAGUUAUGCUAUGUUCUUUCUCGGCAAUUGACCCUGGAUGCUACGAUGUACGGACGAGAAAUGCGAAGAGGACGAGGAGAGGGGGAUCAAUCUCAGUAACAUAACAUACUAGUAGAGCAGGCUGCAGGCUGCAGAAUGGAUAUAUCCAAGCGGUGGUAGUAUUUAUUAUGUACUGGCUGUACAUACUGUAUAUACACCUACAGAGGUGAUGUCCGUACCUACUGUAAGGUACUUGGAUAUCGGGAGGCACGGUACCAGGGCUCGGAACCAGUUACCUGUGGUAGCUCUCUCUGCGACUUUCUGUCUAUACAGUACCUAUGCAGAGGUAUAUUGUGACUGAUCUCAGCUCAGAGUCACUCCAGUACAAGGAAGGAUAUUAUUCAUGAUCUCCC